UCACCCAAGCCAGACAGACCGUGGUGACUACAAGGGGAUACGGACAGGGACUAACGAGGCGCCGGCCAGAGGCUCAACCGUGAUAAAAAGACUUUGCCAAAAUCCAACAGCCAAUCGUCGCCCUGUGGAGAUACCACCGGUGAUAUACCUCCACUCCACUAAAUAGGUGAAUAGCGAAGAGCUGUCCCCGACUCUGCCAUAACCCGGUGCUGCUAUUACGACAGAGAGCCAAACGGGGAGACUACACCUUGACAGUCCUGGAUAAUUAACUCAAGCGUUUUGUAGGAAUUAGUAUACUUUUUUUUUCUCAGCCAUUGACUACAUUUUGCACACCAAGUGUGUCGUUAAACCUCUGUCCUUUUUGGGAUAUAAACUUGUUUUAAGUAUAGAUUUCCCCUCCUCCCCGUUGCAAGUCCAAGUGCUUUAACUGGUGUCUAUCCAGUUCUGUGUGAUUAUAACAGAGACUUGUGAGGCAGUUGUCACCGUGAUCGUCGGGAGCCGAUUGUGUUUGAACCAUGAGCCAGGCGGAUGUGUCGACCUGUUCCGCCCCACAGAGAGUUUUCCAGGAGGCAGUGAAGAAGGGAAACACGAAGGAGCUCCACUCGCUGCUCCAGAACAUGACAAACUGCGAGUUCAACGUCAACUCCUUCGGACCGGAGGGCCAGACCGCGCUGCAUCAGUCAGUCAUUGACGGAAACUUGGAACUCGUAAAGUUGCUGGUGAAAUUCGGAGCCGACAUCCGAUUGGCAAACAGGGAAGGCUGGAGCGCGUUACACAUCGCUGCGUUUGGAGGACACCAGGACAUCGUCCUCUACCUCAUCACCAAGGCCAAGUACUCCUCUGGCGCGCGGUGAGAAGCGUCUAACGCGCCGCCAGGUAAAGCACGCAAAGACAGGCCUCUGUAAAACCUGCGUUUCAUCUUUUCCAAUGCCAAAUUGUAUAGAGAAAAAAAGACGGCAACUUCCCUUUUACCAACAAACCAAACAGGGGGAUGGGGUCUCUCUCUCUCUUCUCUCUCUCUCUCUCUCUUUCUCUUUCUCCUGAGGACAACACGGCGCGAUUCUAAUCUGACUGAGUACACAUGCAUCUUGAAAAAUAGAAACGCGUUUUGUGUGUCUGUGUGCGUGCAGAACGCGUUGGUACUAAAGCUUUGUUUUUCUUGAAUGUGUCAAAUGAUCAGAUUAGGCCGUGUGGCGAGCUGUAGGAGGCAGGGAGGGUGUGCGAAACGCGUUUAUUCCGAGGGUUUGGGAUGAGCUGUUGACCUGCGCCGGUGGUGUGACCAUAAUAACCUAAAUUAUUCUAAUCAAGAUGGCACUUGAUGCUGUGGAUGCAUGCUGGAAUAUCUGAAAGGGAAGAAGAGUUGAACACGGGAAUGAAGGCCAUCUUCUAUUUGGCUAAACACUGUUUUUAUUUUUCAUUUCUAAACUACAUGCUUUUUUGGUUUGGUUUGUUUCUUUUUAUCAAUUAGCCUAACGAUUUGGCAUGUUUUAAAUGCGGCAUUAUGAUAUCCAAUGCUUUUUGUUUUUUAAAAAAUGUAAUCGGAGUAACAACAAUUGACUAAAUGUUGUUAAGUACUGUACACAAUAGCUUUACUUUGUUCCUUUUUUAAAAACUAGUGGGAUGCGGCCUGCCUCCAUAGCAGAUGGCGUCUCCGAGCUUGCAGGCCUGAAUGACCAGUGUCAAAGGUCGAAGGUCGAUGUGUUACUAAACCGCUGCUUGCGCUUUGUAUCAAAACGUCAGGAAAGUCGCAUUUGGAAUACACUUUAUAAUCUACUUUCAGUAUUUGUAUUAACACCCUGGUUAUCACUGUGAAGACAGGCUGGGUUAUUUAUGAAGGUACAUUGAGAUGAUUAAAUUAUGUUGUGGAUAUCAGCUCUAUAGCUUACGUUUAAACAUAUUUAGGGUGACUUAAGCUGCUUCGGAUUUUAGAGUGUAAACUGUCCCGCGUGGAAAUCCCAUGCCCGUAAAGCCCAAAUUCCCACCCGCCCUGCGUCAGACGUCACUGUCCCGGGAAACUGACUCUAAUCCUCUACUGUCUGUUUGGUUUUCUCUACCAGCUACCUCGACUUUCAAGUAUUCAAGACUAUUCAGCUUACUCCCAUGCAUGUAGUCGUUUUUCAUCGAUAUUUGACAACAGCAUAAAUUUCACACGAAAGAGAGAGGUCAGGUGGAUGGCAGUCUCUUCGUAACCUCACCCAGUGGCCAUCAGCGAAGCUCGCUUAAUUCAAUUUAGGCUUCAAUGCUUCUCUCUGUUGAACAGAAUCCUUAAAUCCACCCGGGACAAGUCAUUUUCAGCAACCAAGUUUAGACCUAUUGGUUAAGCUACACACGGAGGAUACUCUUCCUCAGCAAGGCAUGAUUGAUACAUUGUAAAUGUUUUAUUUCAGCCGAAUGCUUAUCUUGUCUUUCCAUUUUUUGUUGCGUUUUAUUUAGUUACAAAAAGUGGAAUGUAUUGCAUGACUUUAAUGCAGGGAGUUUUCGUUGCACAAAAUCUGGAGCC